UACUCGUUGCGUACUUACGGGGCUGUAUGUGGUCACACACAUUAUGAAAGCCAAUACAAGUUGUAGAUAGACACCUGCCUGUAGCAGAAGUGUGGAUAGUGUGGAUAUUAUGUUGAAGUGAUGCAAAUAUUCUUAUGAUCCCAAAACAGCAACCUUCACCUUGCGAGCAGGAUUUUUUUUUCGUUUUUGCUCCCAGGAGCAAUCUUCAGAAGAAACCAAAAAUUAUAGCGCACUCGUUCGGAAGAGACGCAGCGCAACCUUCGCAGCGCCACCGCUCUCGCGAAACCUGAGGUAUUGGACUUCUUUUUAAAUUAUGAUAGAUUUCGGGCGGCGUUGACGGAUCGACCUGCUGCCAGCUAGAGAAGCACCUGCUAAUAUGCGGUUGCAGGGCUCAGCGCCCCUAGGUCGUGGGUGCUCCUGCCUUAAGCUGUAUAGGGCCCCGAGGGCAGAAGUACAAGUAUCCACUAACGCGCCGCGCCCAUUUCAGCUACUGUCUACUUCCGCCUCCUUUUUCCUCGCUUUAAUCCAAAAAUACAGGAAUCGCAUCACAAAUCCACGCAGUUCGCUCCGGCUGCAGUGAUCUACUCAGCCUUCAGCUUUGAUUUUGCGUUGCGAUAAGUAUAUGACUUCGCAAGGGGCUCUCUACUUCUCUUGCGUCGUGCUUUCAGACUUUUAAGCGCUCGCUUUGAUUUAAUCGUCUUAGAAGUUUCACUGCAUUCCUGAAUUAGGUGCGAUGAAUGAAUCCAAAGCGCAAGGAACGACAACUGGAAUCACAGGUGCUCGCCGUGUCGUUGAUUUUCGACGCAAGUAGAAGCGCGCCCAUCCUUUCGCAAAACCUAUCAGAACUGGCGUGAAGAGACGGCCGGUAUUUUGAGUUUCAAUACCUGUGGGCUUUGAUGUUUCGUGAACAUAAGCACAAACAGAAACAUUAGUAAACAUGAUGCAUCGCCACCUCCAGCCACGAACAUCAAGCACGCAUUGCGCUAUUUGGCCGGGUGGUUUGCAGCGCGCUGCAAGAAUUCAUUUUAAUAUUAUUAAAAUGCUCUGGCGUAGCAAUGGCAUUAAAGCCUAGCAUUCCUCGUCAUGAUAAAAAUCUUAAUAUACUAUUAUUGAAUUAUUAAAAACUAUAAUUGAACGCUGCCAAACCCAGAUCAAACUCUGUCACCAUUCGUACUGCAGGUGAACGACGAAUAAUCACGACAGAAGUCCCGGCGUUCUUAUUGCUGUCCAGGAUGACCAAAACCGCGCAGAAGUUGCUCAUUUCCUCCGCCGCCCUGGCGGCAGCGGAGAAGAAGAUGGAGGAGAACCGUGCGAAGAAAAUGGUUUUAUCGUGAUGAAAAAUAACCCCUCCGCAGCUCAGUACUCAAAGAAUGAAAAAAUUUGCGAUGAAGCAGAUUCAUUUCUUGUAGUCACAAAUCUGUCUUGCAAGAAGGCAGUCGAAGAGCUGCGCCCCGCAUUAUGGAGGCGAUUUGCCAUGCUGUUACUGGGCUUCAGCGCACGCGCAGGCGUCUGCCAACAUGCUAAACAAAUAGACUUGUAUGCUCCUCAGCAGGCUGCGAGUGUCAAUGUGGGUUCCUUACAGCAAAACCGACUUUAUUUUUUGUGUAAGUGCGCAAGCCAGCGGCCUUGUUCUGGAUAUGCUGAGGAGGGGGGAUUUAUUUUCAUUUUCAUAGCUUUGGACCGGUCACGAGAUGAAGGGGCAGCUGGACGAGGCCGACAAGCCGCCGAUCAGCCCGUCGAACUGGAAGCCGGUAUCUAUAAAUAGCAUUCUGCGUUCUUGCGUUUGCGCUCAAUGAGCGCAUUUGUUUACUCUGCUCGCCAUGUUGACUUCUGUGUCGUUCGAGUAAGGAUAUGGGGGCGCUCGGCUAGUGCGUCUAAUUCUUAUUUCAUGAACACAAAUAGAGUCUGGCUCUAAACCUGUACUAUGUACAGGUUUAGAGCCAGCGCAGCUGAAGCCCUACUGUGUUGGACUCCCGGCUGGCCACUGGAUUGUCCUUCAUAGGCCGCCGAGAGAUUCGCUCGCCUCGCUCGAUUUUUUUCUUCAUCCUUCUCUUUUUGCUUUUCUUUUCCAAAAAACUAUGCAUGUAGGGGCGCACCACGUGAAAAGGUGGGCGUCCGUCGCGGCCGGUUCUCCCAGGGUUUCAGGCUUUAGGCCGUUUAGGGUUCCUAGUUUGAUCUUACUUGUUCAUGAACACAAAUAUUAGAGUUUUAGAACUUUAACUUGCUAACAGCGCCAGCAAUCCAGCAAUCCAGCAAUCCAGCAAGCGUUUCUGGAUUUGGCCAAGAAGCAGCAGGAGGCGAGUGAGCCCUUUAUUGGCGAAGCGGUCGACACGGUGAGGUCCAAGGCGUACGACGCAUCUCCGCGAGAACUCAGGGGCGGCAGGGGCAGGAGCUCGAGCAGUGGCAGGAGCUCGAGCAGUGGCAGGAGCUCGAGCAGUGGCAGGAGCUCGAGCAGUGGCAGGAGCUCGAGCAGUGGCAGGAGCUCGAGCAGGUCGAGCAGUAACACGGGGCGCAUUGGCGGUUAUCGCACUUCUGCUCCUCAAAAGACGGCGACGGAAGCGAAGACGGCGACGGAAAUGAAGACGGCGACGGACACGAAGACGGCGAAGCCGGGCAAGAGCGUUUUCCAACAAGCUUGGGAUCAAGCUAUGGAUGCGUGGAGGAGAACAAUUGGCGCCUCAGGGGGGUAUGAAAAAUCGGUUGCCAAUGGAGCAAGGGCAUGGUAAGCAGGAGAAGCCGGAUCAGUGUUUCCCCCAAGAAGGUGCGGAGCUGCACGGAGAAACGUUCAACAAACUAUCAAGUGCAAAUAUCGAUCUGGGUCUGGAAACUUGUGAUGCGGGUAGACGAAUUAUGACGACUCGGCAAUUGCCGACUCAGCAUGAAAAGUUUGUGACUUGAGUAAAUAGGUGUUGGUGUUGGCUGUUUUGCAUGGCAAACAGCGGCUCUGCAUGAGCAUGACAGAGAACUGCAGCACUGUGGUGUUAAUUUGCAUGACAUUGACAGACCUGAGACGAGUCACGCCGGCCUAGCAUGACCGCAGACACAUAUUGAUAUUUGCAGUGCAUGAAAUCAACUAGUUAAGCGAAGAAUUGCAAAAGUAUUUCAUUUUUUGCGCAAAAGCGCAUUUUUAUUUUUUCAAGUUCAAUAUCUUCUCAAAUUUUGAUUUUCUGUCAAGUGCCUAAAAUUUCAAAAAAGUGGUAAGUCUAACUAAGCAUGGUAAAAGUAUGUACGCCUUUGGACUUCGUCCGUAAGUAUUCUUCUAGAGUACUGUGAUACCACGCCAACUUGUUUUUCUUUUUUGCGUCCGGGUAUACGAUACAUGAUAUCACCCACAACUCUUCCAGCCAAGCUCGCAGCUUUAAACAUAUCGGUUUUCCUUCAGCAUCACCCUUUAUUUUUCAAAAGAACUUUACAGAGACAGACACUAGUUAGCAAGCACAAGUACAAGCAGCCUUCAAGAAGUCUUCGUUCAGAGUUUUCUGCCCCCUGAGUAUUUCGAAAAUGCAUCCCACAUGAAGUACUGUAACCCUGGCUCCCAUUUUUACCUUAACAAUCAAUAUUUACGCGCUGGUCGCACAGAAAGUUAUAUCUAUGUGGAAAAAGAUGUCCUUAUACAUAGUAACAACACAAUUUGUAUGUAGUUUCUGAGAAAGACACACCAAAAGUACAUAUUAACAAACCACAUAAAAAUACAUGCGCACCAAACUCAAAGUUUUACAACUACGACUCUCCUCUCGCUUUGACGUCUUUGACUUGAUUCGUACGUGCAUAGCCUGCCUGGGACCUAUUUUGUAUUGCUUUACUCUGUCAAGUCGUAGCCCGUCGCCGUCUACCCAACAUGUGAGAAGUUUUUUUGCUUGUGAUAAAAAUUGAUGGCAAUGGCGUCCAGUAGCCUUCUGACUUAUCUCUUAAAAAGUGUUCUUCGGCGUUGUUCUUCGUCAUUGUUGGGAACGGAUGUUGCUUAAUCUACCAAAAGCCGU